AUGUCGAAACUCGCUUCGCUUGCUUCCUCAUCGCCUGUUUCCGUAGGUGGCUCGUCGCGUUCAUCGUCCCCGGACGGCGUCUCGUCCUCCCGCAAGCUCUCGCUCGAAGACGACGAUCCUCUCGCCGGGAAUGCAAACGAUGUCUAUCUCGAAGCUGGCCGCCAGCGUAAUCUCCGCUCAUAUUCGAUUUCCUCUGCCUUCGAUUUCGGUGGCAACCUCUUCCCGCUCUCCCAAACACAAGCCGGCUACGCCCCCCUCGGAACUCCGUCUGCACUCGAUCGACAAGGGGUGGAUGGCUCGUUAGAACGCAACAAAACGCUGACGUACCUCAAUGGGUUGUCUCUGAUCGUCGGAUUGAUUAUCGGCUCCGGCAUCUUCUCUUCCCCUAGCCAGGUGAAUGCGAACGCAGGCUCCCCAGGUGCAUCCUUGAUUGUAUGGGGGAUAGCCGGGCUGCUGGCGUGGACCGGGGCGGCGAGCUACGCAGAACUGGGUGGAGCAAUCCCGUUGAAUGGGGGUGCUCAGGUGUAUUUGUCUAAAAUCUUUGGAGAACUCCCUGGCUUCCUUUUCACAUGGUGUGCGGUUUUAGUUCUCAAGCCUGGGUCUGCGGCGAUUAUAGCAAUCAUAUUCGGCGAAUACGUGGUGCGGGCAUUUGUUGGGGCAGACACCGAGUCGGUUAGUCCGUGGAUAAACAAGGCAGUCGCCUUUGGAGGGCUGCUUCUCGUCACGCUGUUCAACUGCAUCUCGACGAAGAUCGGUACUCGAAUUGGAGAUCUGUUCAUGUUCUUCAAGUUCAUCGCACUGCUGGGUGUCACGAUCAUUGGGAUCGUGGUUGCAAUCACCGGAUUCUCGUCCAAAGGGAGCGCCAGCGAGGAAUGGAAAACCCAGGGCUGGUUCCAGGGCACCAAUACAGAGAUCUCGGACUUCGCAGUGGCAUUGUAUGCGGGACUGUGGGCAUUUGAUGGCUGGGACAAUGUGAACCAACUAUGUCACCGGCGAAUUCAAAAACCCCAAUCGCGAUUUGCCCGCGUGAUCCACACGGCAAUGCCCUUGGUCAUCUUAUCCUAUUUACUAGCCAAUGUCUCGUAUUUCCUGGUCUUGCCUCACGACGUCAUUGAAUCGAGCAACACGAUUGCUGUGCAGUUUGGGGCGAAAGUCUUUGGCCGUGUCGGGGCUCUGAUCCUCGCGCUCGUGGUGUCAGCCAGUUGCUUUGGCUCCCUGAACGCCACGACGUUCACCAGCGGACGGCUUGUAUAUGCAGCAGGCAAGGAGGGCUAUUUACCAUCGAUCUUCGGCCGGAUUGUCUCUUCCAGAUUCUUGGGCGAUGACUCUCGAUUCGGCUUCACCCCUAUAUACGCCAUGGCCCUGAACGCCAGCAUGACCACCAUCUAUAUCAUCGUUGGUGAAUUCGGCACUCUCGUGACCUUCUAUGGAGUGGCAGGCUAUACUUUCUAUUUUGUCACAGUGCUCGGCCUGAUUGUGCUGCGAAUCCGUGAGCCCCACCUGGAACGCCCCUACCGCACGUGGAUCACGACCCCUAUUAUCUUUUGCUGUGUGAGCUUGUUUCUGUUGAGUCGGGCAGUCAUUGCGGAGCCCCUUCAGACACUUAUUGUUGUUGCAUUCAUCCUCACGGGAAUUCCCGUGUACUACUGGCGCAUUUUCAAGCGAGAUGGUCAAGUUGCGCUCUCAGGCUGGAAAUUCUGGAAAUGGCGCUCGCGAUAG